AUUAGAAUGAGUUGCCAAUAUUUCUUUCUUAAAAACAAAAGGAAAAAUGAAUUAUCAAGCUCGCGACUCUUUCAAAAUGGUGAAAUCAACGACAGCAUUGACUCGCUGCUUCUUGCAUCUCCUUGCCCUCUGUUUUCUCCGACAAUCUUUAGCCUCCACAUUUCCUAAAGAAGCUCUUCCCACCAAAUCAGGCUACCUCCCCAUCAACCCCAAAACCAAUUCCGCCAUUUUCUACACUUUCUAUGAAGCCCAAAACACCUCUUUACCUAUCUCUCAAACUCCACUUCUUAUCUGGCUUCAAGGUGGACCUGGCUGUUCCUCCAUGAUUGGCAAUUUUCUUGAACUGGGUCCAUAUCGCGUUGUCGAUUCUCAGAGCCUUGAGCGCAAUUUGGGUUCUUGGAACCGUAUUUUUGGCCUUGUUUUUCUUGAUAAUCCUAUUGGGGUUGGGUUUAGUGUUGCUGCUAAUACUAAAGAGAUACCCAGAGAUCAACUUAUUAUUGCUAAGCAUCUUUUUGCUGCGAUCACUGGAUUCAUUCACUUGGAUCCAGAGUUUAAAAAUCGACCACUUUAUCUCACAGGGGAGAGUUAUGCAGGAAAGUAUGUUCCUGCUAUUGGGUAUCAUAUCUUGAAGAAGAAUAUGAGGCUGCAAGUCUCGAAACAAGUCAAUCUUAAAGGCGUCGCGAUAGGUAAUGGGUUAACAGAUCCAGUGACCCAAGUAAAAACGCAUGCUGUAAAUGCAUAUUAUUCUGGUUUGAUUAAUAAGAGGCAAAAGAGUGAAUUAAAGGAAGCCCAAUUGAAGGCAGUUGAGUUUGUUAAAAUGAGAAAUUGGAGUGAGGCAACAAAUGCAAGAAAUAGAGUCUUGGAUUUGCUGCAAAAUAUGACAGGAUUGGCCACUUUGUAUGAUUUCACAAGGAAAGUGCCUUACAAAACAAGGUUAGUCACAAAACUGUUGCAAUCAGUGGAGGUGAAGGCGGCAUUGGGUGCAAAUGAAUCGAUAACUUUCGAUGAAUGCAGUGAUGUAGUAGGGGAUGCAUUGCAUGAAGAUGUAAUGAAGAGUGUUAAGUACAUGGUGGAAUUGUUAGUGAAGAAAAGCAAGGUGCUGUUGUAUCAAGGGUUUUCUGAUUUGAGAGAUGGUGUAGUUUCUACUGAAGCUUGGGUCAAGACAAUGAAAUGGGAAGAGAUAGGGAGGUUUUUGAUGGCUGAGAGAAAAGUUUGGAAAGUGAACGAAGAGCUUGCUGGAUAUGUGCAGAGGUGGGGGAGUUUAAGUCAUGUUGUGGUGUUAGGGGCAGGACAUCUUGUGCCAACUGACCAACCAUUACAUUCUCAGGCUAUGAUAGAGGACUGGGUUUUGGAUAAAGGGGCUUUUGCUUACAAGGAAAAUGUAAGUUCUGCAUCAGAAUAACUUGGAGCUCAUUAUAUGAGUAAAAUAAAUUCCGAGGCAUCUGCCAACAACCAUUAUUGUACUCGAAGUUAGUCAUAAAAUUUAAUUUCGCAGUCUGCAACGCAUUUUCCA